AUGUCGGACCCUUCCACCAGUGGUGGCACUAAGCGGGAUGCACCUACGAAUAGUACCGGCGGAGGGGCAGGAAAUGAUGGCAAUGAUUCGAAGCGAGCUAGGACGGAUGGGGAGGGAAGGGGAGGGAAGGGGGUGGGCAAGGUGGAGGCCGUGGGGGUGGUGGCCGUGGUGGUGGAGGGCGCGGGGGUGGCCGAGGCGGCAAAGCAGGAACUUAUAGAGGCAAGCGACCGGGGGAUGAUAAUCGAUCCUGGGGAGGUCGCAAUACCGGUGCAGCGGUCGGCAAGAUGAGGUCGUGGGGGCCCACGGAAGGGACGGGGGAGGAGAAAGCCGAAGGGAACGAGGAGAACAAGGAACGGUUGCCCAAGAAGAAGGUCGCCGUCUUCUUUGGCUACAACGGUCAGGGCUACAAGGGCAGUCAAAUGUGAGUUCCAGAUGAAGGACCAGAGCAAAACGUCGCCGAGGUGGGCGAAAGGUGCUGACGAUGAAAGUUUUGAACCGACCCCAGCAACCCCGGAGAAGCGACGACCGAAGGCGAGCUCUGGCAAGCCUUCAUCAAAGCCGGCUGCGUUAGCGCCGACAACGCCGACGACUAUCGCAAGGUAUCCUUGCAACGCGCAGCGCGUACCGAUGCCGGUGUCCACGCCGCCGUCAACAUCAUCACCUUGAAACUCAUCCUCGCCCCCGCGGACAAACCCGAGGAGCAACGCGUCGAGGACUGGAUCAACUCGUUCUUGCCCCCCACAAUCAGGGUGUGGAAUAUCGUCAGGGUCCAGGCCGGGUUCGAGCCGCGAAAGGUGUGCGACCAGAGGAACUACGAGUACUCGAUGCCGACGCACGUCUUUUUGGGGCCGAAACCGAGUGCCAACCUGGGCAAAUGGCUCGAACAGAACCGGGAAGAGUUCCUAAAGACGGAAGCGGAGGCGGUCGAGGGAUCGGUAGAGAGGACGUUACCUGCCUGCGUACAAGCGGCCAAGGCAGCUACGGCGGAAUUUUGGGCCACGCAACCGUCCGAAAACAAAUUUCUCGAGGACGUCGCUGCGAAAAAGGCGUGGCGAAUCACACCCGAAUUACUCAACGCCGCGCGCGCCUUCACCAAGGCCUACGAGGGAUCGCACAACUUUCACAACUAUACGGUCGCUUCGACGACGGACAAGUCCGAGCCGAGGGACGCGGGAGGCAAGAGGGUCAAGAAGGGAGGGCCGCAGGAUGUCGCUUCAAUGAGGGUGCUCAGGUCGCUGUCGGUGAGCUUUCCCGCGCUGACGGGAGGGGGCCACGGUUGCUAAACAGAUAUUCGUCUGAUUUGAAGAUCUCGGAUCCGUUCAUCGUCAGUGGCGUCGAAUACGUCUCGGUCGAUCUGCUCGGCCAAUCCUUCAUGUUGCAUCAGAUUGUGAGCUCCCCAUCACAGUCUUGCCCACCCGCGGAAAGUUCUGAUUUCUCAACUCUUUGUACGCCUCUCUCGUAGCGUAAAAUGAUUGGCCUGCUCAUCCUCGCCGUCCGAUCGGGUGCGCCACCUUCCCUCAUCGCCUCGACCUUCACCCCUCAGCGCAUCCAUAUCCCCAAAGCCCCGGCCUUGGGCCUGCUCCUCCUCGAACCGCAGUACCUCGAGUACAACAAGCGCAUCCUCGAACACAACGUCAAGAUCAACGCGCUCGAUAAACUCGACGAGGCGCAGAAAACCGCGCAGCGGAGGGAACAGAUCGGCGUCGUCGAACAGAUGGACCAGGUCAACGCGUUCAAGAGGGACGAGAUUUACAAGGUCAUGUGGGAGGUGGAGGAGAAGGAGGGCGUGUUUGCCAAGUGGGUCAAUUAUGUCGAUGUGUUUGAAGGGAGGGAUUUCGCGUACCUCAAUCCCGAGGGCACGGUGCCGGAAUGUGCGGUCUACAAACCGGGCGAACGAAGCGAUCAGCCAAGGCGGAGAGCGAGGAAGCAAGUCGUCGAAAACGGCGAAGGGGCUGAAGACGCUUUGGAGCAGACUAAAACCGAGGGCGAGGAGGACGUGCAGCCGCCCAGCGAUGACGAGAGGGCUGACGGGGAGGAGGGGGGCGACGAAUAG